AUGAGCUCCGAAAUCAUGGACUUUGUCGGCCGUUAUCAAACCUUGCAGGGUUAUCAAGCUGCCAGCGACCAGUUGAUGAAGGACCUUUUGAUAUAUGCCAAAGAGAUUGAGCGUACAAUUGGAGAAGAAAACAGAAUCCUCAAGCAGAAGCUGCGCAACGCUGAGCUCGAUCUUGACCAUGCCACCAUUUCGAGAAGAGAGAUGCAGCAGACGCUGUCGGGCCUUGAGUCAGAUAACAACUAUCUCAAGUUCCAAGAAACAUACAUCAAGCAGGGUAUCGAGGGUGGCAAGCAAGCGGCCUACGCCCUUCGAUCCGCCGUCGCCGAAUACGUUGGCAGCCAAUCCGGCGAAGUUGAGAUUAUUGCCAAAGUUUGCGCAAACAUGUCGGGCCUCGCAAGAGCCAUGCGCCGUGACGGCUGCUUGGAUAGCGAGUCCGAACUCAAGGAGUUUUCGUUAGGCUUUACACAAGCUAAAGCUUCAUUUGAUUUCAUAGACGUCGGUCACGGUAAGGAACGUGCCGACUCGAAAAUCAAAGGCAUCUCCCACGACGCAGGAUACGCUCCGUUUCUUGACGAGAUCCUUCAGGAUGCGGAUACCCGCGCGAGAGUGAGCCUUAUUGAGGGCUUUGCAACGGUCAGAGAGCUGAAAAAUACCAAUGUCCACAUUCUGGACCCUCUCCCCAGCCUUUUCCGAAGCCAAAAACUUGUUGACCGAAGUGGCGAUCGCUCGGCUGAAUCCACCUACUUCAAACCGACGACCACGUCGCCAACUCUUGCAGUUUCUUCGCCAGCCUCCGCCACUACGCCCUCCUCUUCUUCCUGGGCCGGCGUCACCAAAGCGAGUCCACCUCCUCAAAUCACAACUCCGUUAGCCAACAAAAACGUCAACAUCCCAAUUCGGACGGCCUCUCAGCCGAAACCGCACACUCCAACAUGGAAUCCUGGCGAGCGCGGGAUUGAUCCCCCGAUCCCCAUUAACCAGUCAGCUCUGGAGAACAUCAAGAAACGGACUGGGGCCGCAAAGCUAUGCAACAACCACUACCUCCGUGGACCCUGCGCCAAGGGUGACGAAUGCUGCUUUGAGCACAAGUAUCGUCCUAACGCAGACGAAAUCAAUGCCAUUGCUUAUUUGACCCGUCUGAACCCCUGCACCAGUGGUCAGGAGUGCGACGUCGAAAACUGCAUUUAUGGACAUCACUGCCCCAGCGUGGUCGGCAACACUUGCACCCAUCCAUUUUGCAAGUUCCGCAUUACUGACCACCCCCCUGGUACGAAAUUCAAGAAUGCCAAGAUCCACGAGAACUAG